AUGACACUUCUUGUUGACUGGACAAUUAUUGACAUUUAUGAUGAUACGGCACCAUCGCCUCCCCCAUCUUUGCCACCACCACCUACUUAUCCGUCACCCCCACCGCCUUCACCAACGCCAACACCUUCAUAUUGCGUGAGGUCCCCACCUCCUCCGCCACCAAACUCACCACCUCAGCCACCGCCAGUUCAUUACUACUAUAGCUCCCCACCACCAUCCCAUUAUUCAGUGCCACCACCGCCGCCGCCACAUUCACCUCCACCACGAAUUUAUCCAUACUUAUCGCCGCCACCACCACCUCCUCCAGUCCAUUCUCCACCACCACCUUCACCUCCACCCCCAUCUGUGGAGUACUCUCCACCACCGCCAUCACCACCACCGGUUGUAACAUAUUCCUCACCACCACCACCAGUUCAUUACCAUUCAUCUCCCCCACCAUCACCGCCACCACCAGUCCCAUGUGAAAACCCACCAUCAUCACUGCCACCAACACCGCCAAUUGUUUAUGAAAGCCCGCCACCGCCAGCUCCUGUAUAUGAGGGGCCAUUGCCGCCGGUAAUUGGAGUGUCAUACGCUUCACCUCCGCCACCACCUUUCUAUUGAUUCUUUUGAGAAUUUUCCUCUAACCUUUCCUUCAUCACAAAACCCCAAAAAAAAUGUCACAAAAAUUGUAUUUGGCUAUCAUCACGGCUUCUUUUUCCUCUCCUUUGCACUUCAUUAUGACCAAAGGAACUCUUCUUUCUCCUUGGGAGCAAUUCUCAUCGCUCAUGGAAGAGAUUGAUAAAAUGUCUAUCACUUGCGAAAACUGUGGGCUUGAACUCUUCAAAGAAUGUUGUUGAAGAGGGUGGAAAGAAGAGAGAAAGAUAGACUGAGAGGUAAGAGGAGAAAUUCUCUCCCAUAUUUAUUUCAAUUGUUAUGGAUAUUUGGAGUUGUGAAAUAAAAAUGGCAGAGAAAGAGAGAGUAGUUGUAUGUAUAGGGAUGAAUUUGAGAACCAUAAUUAUCCAGGCUUACAAAGGCAGCAGCUGGUAACACUUCUUCUUGUUGCUGUUGCUGUUGCUAGUUUGUGGGUUUUUAUUGUUAUUAUUCUCUUCUUUUUUAUUAUCAUACUUUUGUUUCUUUUUUUCUUGUCAUUUUAUAGUGUAAUCGGAUGAACAUUUUACUAGUAUUGAUGAUUUUCCAGAAUUCAGUU